AUGACUAUGGCACUCAAAUCGAAAAAUAAGUUGCAACUUGUUGACGGUUCUUUACCGAAGCCCGAAGUCGGAGAUCCAUCGUUCUUGGCAUGGGAUCGAUGCAAUACUAUGGUGUUGUCAUGGAUCAAUAAAUCAUUGGAUGCCUCUAUAGUUCAAAGCGUCAUUUGGAUGGAAAUAGCCUAUGAAGUGUGGAAUGAUUUACGUGAAAGAUAUUACCAAGGGGAUAUCUUUCGUAUUUCUGAAUUACAAGAGGAGAUUUACUCUAUGAAACAAGGAAACCUGUCGAUUACUGCUUAUUUCACUAGUUUGAAGAGCUUGUGGCAAGAAUUGGACAAUUUUAGACCAAUUCCUCAUUUUUCUUGUGCAGUUAGACGUAAUUGUGAUUUGAUACCUACAGUGAAAGCUUAUAGGGAAAAUGACUAUGUCAUUAGGUUCUUGAAAGGACUUAAUGAACAAUAUGCAGCUGUGAGAUCACAAAUUAUGUUAAUGGAUCCUCUUCCUCCAAUUAAUAGGGUUUUUUCCCUAUUAAUUCAGCAAGAAAGACAGAUGGGAGUACUGGUUGAAGAUUCUCAAGUGCUAGUUAAUGUAGUUGGUAGUUCAGGAAGAGGAAAAUAUAAGGGUCCUAGAGCACAAAACAUGGGCUCGGGAGGAAGAGGAAAUAGAGGGAGAGGACAAAGCACAAAGGUGUGCUCAUAUUGUGGUAAGACAUGUCAUUUAGUGGAUACAUGCUAUAAGAAGCAUGGUUUUCCCCCUCACUUCAAAAGGUCAAAUGCCAUCAAUCACUAUAGCACUAAUGAUGAAGAGGAUGUUGAUGAUACUCAAAUUAUUUUUGCUUGA